AUGGAAUUCAUAAUCGAAGAAGGCAAAAGCCUUAACAACGAAACCUCAACUCUAAUUCUGCCUGCAUUAUCGAUAGGGAAUGUCGGGCAAUUAGCAGUUGAUUUGUUAGUAUCAUCAACAAGAGCGGAAAGAAUUGGGUAUUUGGAUGAUCCUUAUAUUUUGCCUUGUGUUGGUAACGAUGCUUAUGGUCCCACUCCUUGCGGCGAGCUUGCUCUUCCUCUUGAAGCUUAUGAUUCGAGGAAUAAUGGGGUGGCGCUUGUGCAACAACGAUCUCCGGUUGUAAAGGGGAUGAUGGUCGAAUUUGCUAAGAACCUGGCCGAUUUUGCUGUUGAUACUGGAAUGAAGCAUGUUGUGGUGCUUUCUAGCUUAGAGUUUAUGAGAUUGCAAAAGAUUGAUACAUCAAGUGGCUUGCAGAUAUAUUACCUAUCUAGUGCCAAUGCUGAUGGAACAGAUGAUUGUUGUGAACGGCUUGGGUGGAAAAAAUUGCAAGAAUAUAAUCCUGCUCAAAGGACUUGGAAAUUUCUUAGCACUUUAGCUGAAGGAAAUGUCAUGCAGGAAGACAGCCUUCCAUUUGAAGAUGAACCAGAAGACGAGGAUUACUACCCGAGUUUGCCUUUUGCUGCCCUUUUUUCUUGUUUCAAGGCUAAAGGCAUAAGAGUUACAUGCUUGCUCUGUUACUGCUCUGAAGGGGACAACACACCUGAAGCUUUUAGUUUGGCCGAGGAGACAAGCAAACUUUUGGGGCUGAGUCUCAAUAAUCCCCAUGGAGAAGGUGGUAAAUGGCUCAUCCCAUUUUCUUGGAGGACUGUGUAUGGACCACCCCCAGAUACGUCGAUGUUUUAG